AUGGCUGAAGAUAAGAAGAAGCUUGCGGCCACCUACAUGGGCCUUAUGGCAGACCUGGGACGCCAUCGCCAGGAGGAGCUUCCACUCAGCAAUGAGCAACGUAAAGGCCCAAGUUAUGAUCCCUACGGGUCGCGUACGCACUACAACAAGGUCUCCGUGAAAAAAGCAAAGGAGGCAUCGACUGCCUGGUCAAAUUGCAUAAUCAAAGAUGAAGAAACAGAACAGAUGGAGGGUCUGGAAAUGUCAGAAUGUCCAUGGCGGCCUAACAAUCCACCACCUGGCAUCCCUACGCGCCACCAUGGCCUUGCCCCCGAUAAACCUCGUAAAGCUAGUGCACCCAAACGCCCGUUGCAAGACAACACUAUUUCCUUUGCACCUGUCAACAAGGAGGUGCAGAAGAAGCCGGAACCAGAGAAAAAACCACAGCCCGUGGAGAAGACCACACAGCCCGUGGAAAAGACCACACAGCCCGUGGAAAAGACCACACAGCCCGUGGAAAAGACCACACAGCCCGUGGAAAAGGCCAGCGCUAAGCGAGAUGAUUCGAUCAAUCGCGACCAAGAUCCCACAGCUAGCAACGACAAGCUCCCGGGUGAGGUUAGUCUCGCGAACUGUGUCUUUCAAAAUGGCCCCCUAUUCAAUGGAGAGGACGAACCCGUUGCCUACUUUGGGACUUUCAUGAAUUAUCCUGGUAGCGGGGGUCCGGAGAGCCGUUUUCCUGUCGAGUUUGAGAUUAAGGUCAAGGUUUCUCCCCCGAGUGCCUGCCUCCAUCUUCGUGCCAGGGGUGGUACGAGGGAGCAUGAUAUAUCCCUACUUGAUACUCCGCAGACGGAGAGCCAAUUCUGUAUUCUAACGACCAAAGGUGGCCCAAAUGCCAGGUAUUUUCUUGAGUUUGCGGACCCAGCGGCUACGAAGCUCUUUUCCGCUUGUGUACACAACACUCAGAAGUGGCUGGCGCACACUCAAGAAAAUGUUAUCCCCAAAGAAGAAUCAACAACAUCACCGGCUAAACAGAAAGAAGUUUCUCCCAAGGCAGAACCCGAUAGAGGCGAAGCACUCUCUGCUGAAGAGCCGAAGGUUCUCCCCACUGCAAAAUCAGACACUGGCAAAGCACUGUCGACCGGAAAGCCAGAGGUUCUCCCAACUGCGAAAUCCAACAGAGACGAGGUUGAAGCCAAGAACAACCAUCAACAUGUUGUGUCCAAGGAUGACCAUCCAGAGCAGCCCACCAAUAACGCAGAGAACGAACCUGAGGCUCUACCCAAGGCUGAUCAAGAAACAGCGCAGAUUACAAAUGGGGUAGCCGAGCAGAAGGAAGCUUUGCAUAGUAGCGAGAAGGAAGCGUGCCUUAUCAAUAUCACAGAAUCGCUUGCCUCGGACACUUUAGAGAAGAAAGUUUCAAACUCCACUGCUCGAAAGGUCACUGGGAAGGCAUUUGAUGGAUUGUGGGACGCAGCCGGAGCUCUGUUUUCCACAAUGGUUUCAGCAGGGGAAGACCAACGGAAGCAGCUUCAUGAGGAGAUUGAGGAGGCACUGGAUGUGAAAUGGCGGGAAAAUAAGAUACCGGAGACCUACGGCAAGGUCAAGGAUGCCUUCCUCACAAACCUCCAUUUGUUCAUCGAUAUGAGAUUUGAUCAUAUCAAACAAGUCCUCCAAAUGGCCAAUCGUUCGACAAGUGAAAAGGUUCCAGAAUCGAUGAAAGAGUUUCUCAAGCCGAUUUCUUACAAGCCCGAGGACCUCGAGCACCUCAGACCAAAGACUACGGACUGUCCCGAGGAUAUCAAGAGGGCCAAGUUUCUACCAGAGAAAGGGGCUGCAAAGGCACUUCCGUCGCCAGGAGGUGGACGCUACUUUGCCAAUCGUGAAGCUCCUGAUCCGGCCACAGUUAGCAAGCUCUGGUCGACAGCGCACUCCUUGACAGAAAACAAAGUAUCGACGCCGGGUGCUGCUGCAACUGCGGCGAAUGUUCAGUCUGCCGGACAGCAUGCCUCCCAAACUCCAGAUGCGCCUCCUGCUUCCUCUCCGGUGGUUAGCCCUCCCCAAGCCACGAGGACUAAGCUGCCACUCCGUGGCCUUGGCUCUUCGAUGUAUGCCAGUGGAUAG